AUUUGUGUUAUAAAUUUUAAUCAAUGAUUGAAAAAAAAAAAUAAGUUUAAUAAAGAAUGAUUGUAGAAAUUAUAAUUAAAAAUAAAGUAUGGAGAUAGCGAAAAAGUUGAAAUUAUAAUCUUAAAGAUUUUAUGAGAAGGAAAUGAGUACAAAAGUAUAAGAAUAAGUGGAAGAAAUUAAACAAAAGGAUAGAGGACAUUUAAGAUUGAAAGAAUGGACAAAGAGAAAUCAUUAUGAAAAAAAGAUGAAAGAUUUAAGAAAAUAAUAUGAGAAGUAAAAUAUAAUAUGAUUUUAUAGGUAUUUUACAAUAAAAAGAGUAGAUGGAAGAUCACUCACAAGUGAGUAAUUUGUGAAUUAAUUUGAGAUUCCUGAUAUUCCGUGUAUAAUAGGAAAUACAGUGGAUGAUUGGAAUAUUGAUAAGUAUUGGACAUUUGAAAAAUUGUAUCAAUUAUAUAAGGAAACAUCGUUUAAGGUAGGAGAAGAUGAUAAAGGGAAGAAAUUGAGAAUGGCAUUUAAAGAUUUCCUUGAAUAUCUUGUAUAUAAUAAAGAUGAUUCUCCUUUAUAUUUAUUUGAGAGGUAUAAAAUAAUGAAUAAGAAAUAGUUCAUUAGAAGAUAUGAAAGAUGGAGGUGCUGAUCUAAUUAAUAGAUUUAAAUAACAUAAAUAUUUUAAGGAAGAUCUUUUGGCAUUGGUGGGAGAGAAACAUCGUCCACCAUAUAGAUGGUUUUUAGUAGGGUAGUUUAUGUUAAUGUUAAUAGUAUAUUAUAGACCUUAAAGAUCAGGUACUACUGUUCAUAUAGAUCCUUUGAUGACAAGUGCAUGGAAUACUUCAUUACAAGGUCAUAAACUUUGGGUUCUUUUUCCACCUGAUAUUCCAAAAUGUGUAGUAAAAGCAAAAGGAUUAGCUGCAAAAAGAAUAAUAGAUCCAGUAGAUUUAGAUGAAUCAAUUGAUUAUUUUCUAUAUGCAUUACCUAAAUUAAUAGAGUAAGAAGGAGCAGAUAAUUUAAAAAUUAUUAUGGGUAUAUAAGGUCCUGGAGAUACGAUAUUUGUACCUGGUGGAUGGUGGCAUGCAGUUUUAAAUUUAGAUAAUACUAUUGCUUUAACUCAAAACUUUAUGUCAAUAAAUAAUUUUGAUAAAACAUGGAGGUAUAGAAUACUAUAUUAACAUAAAAGAUCGGUGAGAGAUGAGAGACCCAAGUUUAGUAAGCGUUUAAUACAAGUAUUUAAAGAAAAAAGGUCUGAUUUGUAUGAAAGAGCACUUAAAUUAGAUGAAAUCGACAAGAACCAAUUUAGAGUGUUAAGUCAAGCCAAUCCAUUAAGUUCCGAUGAAGUUACUGGUAGUUCAUCUAGUAGUUCUAGUAGUUCGUCUAGUAGUUCCAGUUCCGAUAAUGAUGAUGAUAAUUGAUUAAGUGUAUAUUCAAAUUAAUAAUUUUA